UGGACUUCCUUCAAUAAAAAAGAAAUUGAAGAGCAACUUGAUGAGGUUCGUGCUAAACUUGACAAAUUGCCUGAUCCCAUAACCGGAAACCCACAGUUCGAACUUAACCGCAUGAUCGGAAAUUGUGCAUCUGCGAUAGAAAAAGAGACAAAAGGUGAAAAGAGAAAUCUGUGGCGAGACGUAAACAAAGAAUUCGAACGAUUUAAAAUUGAGCUCUGCAGUACACGACCAAUAUUUGUUGUCGGUAAAUUACGCGACGGCAGCACUGCAAAAUUCGACGUCUUGAAAGAAUUUCUAGAUCCGGAAACAUCGGAAUUCAACCUUGGUUUGGAUGAAUCCGAGCCGCUUAAAGAAAUUACUGAGGCGGAUAUUCAGCGUAGAAUUAAUGAUGCUAGAGGAAGACAUUUGCCGGGAUUUAUACCGUAUUCUGCCGCGUCAGAGUCUAUAAAAGAUUUUCAAGAGAAAUGGAAAAACCCUGCGUUUCAUUGUUUGUCGAAUAUUCAUGGUAUUAUGAGUAAAGCAGUUGAAGAGUCGAUUGAAGCGAGAUUUGAUCGAUUUCCGUUGCUCGUAGGACUUAUGAAACACAAUGCCAUAAAGUGGCUGGAAGAAUGUAAGAAAGAAACACUCGAACGACUUAAAUUCAACAUGUCGAUGGAAUCUUCUCACCCAUUUACUUUAGACGUAGGAUCGAUGUUUGUAGGAAAAAUCGCCUAUCUUGCAGCUCUCCAAGAAGCAGUUCGGAACGAUAAUGAUCGACAACCAUCUGAUAAUCUCGAUUUAAUCGCUGCAGUGAUGGCCUACUUCAAAUUAUCAUUCAAACGGUUUGCUGACUCCGUUGCAAUGACUAUCGUACAUGCAUUCAUCGACAAGUAUCCCAAAUCUGUUUAUGAAAAACUACUGAUGUCAAUUAUCGAUGGCGGCUAUGAUGCUAAUGAACUGAUACAAGAAGAUAACACUAUUGUUGUUGCUCGUGAGGAAUUGUUCCAGCAUGAAAAGCGUAUGCAGGAGGUGUUAGAUGAUUUGGUGCGGUUUGGUGUUUGA